AUGCAGCGCCAGCGGGUCACGCUCUUCUCAUCCGAGGAUGCCAAUGCUAUGGCAUUGCGCGAACGCUCUAGAACAAUGCUUGGGUUGAGUCACGGGCUUGGACGCUACGAGAAGCGCGUACAGUCGUACAGCAUGCGCCCUAGUACGACCGUAUACGGUCAAGACGGGGACGAUUUAUUUGAUGGUUCGGCUAGCUGCUCCUCUGUGACAGAGCGCAGCGGCGUCAGUAGCUUUCAGCCUAAUCGCACGCGGCUUAGCGUCUCGCCUGACCUCAGCAAUGCGUUUGAUGAUAUUUUUGAAACGGACUGGGAAGGUUACAUAUGGAAGCAGGGUCAUGUUGUGCGAUCGUGGCGCUACCGCUACGCUGUGUUAUCAGGCACAAUUUUUAGCUACUAUGUGAGCAAAGACGUAGCUAAAAUGGAUACUGAAAAGUUUCGUGGCCGUGUCACGGUCACGGGCGCAUCGCGCGAUCCCAACCGCUCGAAUGGUGUGCUCAUUACCACGACCAUUAACAAGAUAUUUGCUAUGUACACGCGCUCGAGCAUCGAGUGCGACAUUUGGGUCAAGAUGCUGCUGCAAGCAGUGCAGAACAAUCGUAACCAGAAACCAAGCCAGAGCUUCAGCGGCGCAUCGAAUGGACGCGAUUCGGAUCCUCCAGGCGGACGCAUGAGUUCGUGGAAUCCUGCGGCUAGUGGAAAUACGUUCUUUUCGUCUAGCAGUGUGUCGCAAACUGUUCGGUCAUCGGGGGACUGGAAGGCUCGAAACUUGGCUACUGUUAAGCAAUUUUACUCGAUGUGGCUGACGCAGUUUCUGGAUCAGACGGGUGUCGAUGACUCGGCAACUAACCUGAUCUCGCUGUUUCCUAUCUGCUCACCGGAGAUGACGGUGUCUGUUAGCUAUCCGUGCGAGUUUCUACCUUCUUCUAAAUUUUAUGGUCGAGAAGGUCUGGUCGAAGUUGUCUUGGGCUUCUCGCGUUUUGUGCUUUUCAAAAAGUUCACGGUGGCGCGCUACAUGACGACAAAGCAGCCGAACGUGCUGCAGGUGUUGGCUGCCGGUACCAUCUGGAACAAAUUUCUCAAACGUGAGUUUUCGUUCACUACGCGUGAUGAAAUUCAGCUCAGUCCUGGUGGCCGCGUGCUUAGCAUUCAGAUGCAAAUAGAAGUUGAUAUUUCUGCAUUUCAAAUGUCGGACGCUGAAAGAAAGGCAGCUAAGGCAGAACGGGCAUUUCAGGCAUCAACAUCAAAGCGCGUGUUGUCCCUGUCGAUCCAGCACUUCCAUGUAAAUCGUGUCCUUGGAAAGGGUACUUUUGGCACGGUUGUGCUCACAGAGCGCAAAAAUACGGGCGAAAUUUUUGCUGUCAAGAUAUUGGAAAAAAGCUCAAUGUCAAAUUACGACAAGCUGCGUACCAAGACUGAAAUGCGCAUAUUACGGGACGUGCAUCACCCAUUUAUUGCACCGCUACGCUUUUCGUUUCAAAGCCAGUCUCGUGUUUUCCUAGGAAUGGAUUACUACUCUGGUGGCAGUCUCUACACGCACAUGAACCGUUUUUCUAACAACAAAGAGCACCGUGUAAAGAUCCCACUUGAUUUAGACCGCGUUAAAUUCUAUGCGGCCCAGAUCGUGCUAGCGCUAUCUCAUCUGCAUGCUUGUGACAUUGUAUAUCGUGAUCUGAAGCCUGAUAACAUCAUGAUCGACGUUGAAGGCAACAUUGCGCUUGUUGAUUUCGGCCUCUCCAAAACCAAUGUAAACCAAAUGUCGGGUGCUCGCACGAUGGCAGGGUCUCCAGCGUAUACUGCCCCUGAGCUACUGAAACCGAAGCGCUCGCGUGACUAUGGCAAGGCCGUAGACUGGUGGUGCCUGGGUAUUCUUUUAUACGAGAUGCUUCUUGCAAAGCGACCGUUUCAUCAUCUAAACGUGUCGGUUUUGUAUAAGCUUAUCGAGAAAGAACCUGUUAAAUUCCCGUCUAAGUGUGGUCUUCAUUCGGACGCUCGAAGUCUUAUUCUUGGCUUGCUGGAAAAGGACCCAAACAAGCGUCUUGGUGCACAUCAGACGAGCGACAUUCUUACACAUCCAUUUUUCAAGGAUGUUCGGUGGAAUUUAGCUCUCCGCAAGAAGAUCACUCCCCCCUGGGUGCCGCCUCCGAUGUCAAUGGAUCACGAGCGUAUGAAGAGCCCAGACAUCAAUUUUGACAAGUUUCUGGCUUCGAAGACGACGUCCACGGGCAACAUUUUCAACAUCAUUUUCCCUUGGAAACACCCUCACACUCGGCACCGCCGAGCACGAUCAGAAAUGGAUUACGACUCGUUCGGCAAGUUUAGCUACGUGAGCGACACAUCCAACUCGUUCCUUGUGGACGAAGACGAGAUGCUUGACGCUGCCUUUACAGGCCGUCACAGCGUCCAAAUGCAUUCUUUGGCAGAUGCACGUAGAACACUUUUGAAAAGUCUUGGAAACACUCAAUUUUACUUUUAUGGAAGCUUACUGGUCUUUUAA